UAGAGUUACUUCCCUUUGGACAACAAACUAAGACCGUAUCAGUAUGCCUAAUUUUGCACAGAAAGUCGUUCUGAUUACAGGUGCUAGUGCGGGUAUUGGAGAAGGAAUUGCUCUACAUUUCGCUUCACUGGGCGCCAAUCUUUCACUUACUGGAAGAAACAAGGAGGAACUCUCCCGAGUAGCUGGAAAAUGUCGGGAAAAUGGGCUGAACGACAAACAGAUUUUAAUUCAAGAUGGCGACCUGACCUCUGGGGAAUUCAGAGGCAAUCUGUUGAAGAGUACUAUUGAGAAGUUUAAACGGUUAGAUGUACUGGUAAACAAUGCAGGGAUGAUUAUCUAUGCUAAGACUUCUGAAACAACAGAGGCCACUUACGACACCAUGAUGGACACAAACACGAAAUGUCACUUCUUUUUAUCCAAAGAUGCCAUUCCAUAUCUGAAAGAAUCGAAAGGUAACAUAGUAAAUAUUUCCAGUAUUUGUGGCCCCAAGCCGAUGGCGGAGGUUGCAGUUUAUUGCAUGAGUAAAGCAGCCAUAGACAUGUUUACACAGUGUCUGUCAUUAGAGUUGGCACCGUUUGGUGUUCGUGUGAACGCAGUGAAUCCCGGGACCAUUGUGAGUAAGAUAGCUAGGCGUGAACACUCGGCAUAUCAAGACGAAGAGAAGUACGAAAAGUUUUUAGAGACUCAGAAAUCUAAACACCCCUUGGGACGGGUCGGAUUCCCAGUGGACAUUGCUCAGGCGGUGGCGUUUUUAGCGUCCGAGGAGGCGUCGUUUAUUACGGGACAGAUCCUGUUCGUGGACGGAGGACGCCAUUGCGUGUCUUCAGCCGUGGCAACUAAUGUCAAAUGACCACAUCUGAAUAUUCAUAGUGGAGAUCCAAUCAUAGUCAUCAUUAUCAUCAUCUGAUUAUUGACAAAAUAUGAAGUAGCAUGAAAUAUAUGAUACAACUGUUGUUACAUUGAGAAUCACUUGGGUCAAAACAAAGUAUUUUAUAAAAUACUACAUGUAAUAAAAUAGUAUAUGAAUGAG